UUCCCGUCAUGCCCGCGCAGCCUCCCAGCCUCCGCCAAUCAGGGUCCGGAGUCGGCGUACGCGGGGAGGUGACUCAGGCCGGCGGCGCUGCUGCAGCGGGGCUCGGACCAAGAUGGCGGCGGAGCGGGGCUACAGCUUCUCCCUCACCACAUUCAGCCCUUCUGGUAAACUUGUUCAGAUUGAAUAUGCUUUGGCAGCAGUCGCUGGAGGGGCCCCAUCAGUUGGAAUUAAAGCUGCAAAUGGUGUGGUGUUGGCAACUGAGAAGAAACAGAAAUCCAUUCUCUAUGAUGAAAGGAGUGUACACAAAGUAGAAUCAAUUACUAAACAUAUAGGUCUGGUGUAUAGUGGCAUGGGUCCUGAUUACAGAGUACUUGUGCACAGAGCUCGGAAGCUUGCCCAGCAAUAUUACUUGGUCUACCAUGAGCCCAUUCCAACAGCUCAGCUAGUACAGAGGAUUGCAUCUGUGAUGCAGGAGUACACACAGUCUGGGGGUGUACGUCCUUUUGGAGUAUCGUUGUUGAUAUGUGGUUGGAAUGAGGGGCGACCAUAUCUAUUUCAGUCUGAUCCAUCUGGGGCUUACUUUGCAUGGAAGGCAACAGCAAUGGGAAAAAAUUAUGUGAAUGGAAAAACUUUCCUUGAAAAAAGAUACAAUGAAGAUUUGGAACUUGAAGAUGCCAUUCACACAGCUAUCUUAACACUAAAGGAAAGCUUUGAAGGGCAAAUGACAGAAGAUAACAUAGAAGUUGGGAUCUGUAAUGAAGCAGGGUUUAGAAGGCUGACUCCAACUGAGGUUAAGGAUUACUUGGCUGCGAUAGCCUAGUAGUCAGCAAGACUGUGGAUUCACAUGGAUCUUUUUAAUUUUCGCUCCCUAAAUGUUUGUUUGCAGUUUCUGCAUCCUUAUUUCUACAUGGUUUGUCUGACUGAUAUUUUAAAUAUUAUCCAUGCAAAUGCUCUGGUCCUAAUACUGAUACUUGGAAUCUGAAUACAAAGAAUUAUUCCCAUUGAUACAUGGAAUCUUUGUACAUGAAAUUGUACAAAAAUAAAAGUUAGCUUUUAUAAGCUUUCAUUAUAACUAAUAAAACAUACAAAAGGCAGUUUUGUGCAGAAUGUUUGUCUGUAAUUUUCUAUAUAAAGUUCAAUUUCAGUAUAAUUAUUUUAUUAAGGAAGCAUACAUUUUAGUAACAAGCACAUAUAGCCUCCGCCUUGGAGCUAUGCCAGCCAAACUAAAUUGAUAUUGCUUUUGUUUUGUUUUUAAAACAUGUGAGGGCAUGUGAAUAUUACUUAACAUUAGGAUUUUAUUUAUAGUGUAAUAUAAAAAAGCCCAUAUAAUUGGCUUCAGUGAAGUUUGUCCAAACAUGGAAUUAUCUAAAUCUCUGCUACAUAUAAUGCAGAAUGAGCCAAGUCCUCCAGGUAUGGUGUGGAUCGCUCAAAUAGUUCAGUAAGAGUGCUGCUUUUGGACACUAGAAUGAUUAAACCCUGAACUUGCAUGUCUGCUAAUACAGGUGUUCUGUUACUGGAGUGUUUCAUAGCUCAAGAACUUGCAUUUUUCACAAUUGAAGUACUGUUUGAAUUGAUGUGGGAAAAUAAAGAUCCUGCUAGCUAUCAA